AAAUUAGUAAUCAUUUCAUAAAAUGGCUGCCAUCAGGUAUACAGUUUAUUUGUAAAGUCUCAAAUUGACAAAAGCAUUCAUUUUUAAAUAAUCAAAAGAAUCUUACGUUGUGCUUUUUAUAAGAACGUCCCAUAAAUAAUCUUCAAUGCAUAAAAAUUAAUUAUUUUUAUAUUGUGGUUUUUCGAAUGUAGUUGUAUACUAUUGUGUGAUUUCACUAAACAGAGCGCGGAAGUACAAAAAAGCGUACGUCAAACUGUCAAAGAAUCCUUAUGUCAAUUUGUUUAUAGCUAUAAGCGUUGAUGAAUGUCUGAGAGUGAUACUUACGAUUCGGCGGACGAAUAUACAAGCCUAAUGGACGGUCACGUCGCGGAAUCUCGCACGGACGAUUUGGGCUUGGUCACUGGUCGAAAAAGACGUUCGCGUAUUAGUAAUGAAGAGAUUGAAAAUGGAGUUCCUGAGGUCCAUAUUCAAACACCAGGUAUAUCAAAUAAUACAGGUUCAGGUAGAAGAGGUACAUUAAGUAGUAGUGUCCAGGGUAGAUCAAGAAAUUAUAGAGAUGAAGAAGAAGAAGAAUUAAAAUAUGGAGCAGCACAUGUUAUUAAAUUAUUUGUGCCUGUAUCUCUUUGUAUGUUAGUUGUAGUUGCCACAAUUAGUUCUAUAAAUUUUUACACAACCAAAGGAAUGUAUUUAGUAUACACUCCAUUUCAUGAAGACAGUGCUGACACAAGUACAAAGGCUUGGCAAGCAGUUGCCAACUCUUUAAUACUAAUGAGUGUCAUUGUAUUUAUGACUGUGAUACUUAUUGUUCUAUAUAAAUAUAAAUUUUAUAAAGUAAUCCAUGGAUGGUUGAUAAUAAGUUCCUUAUUGUUAUUAUCUAUGUUUUCUAUGUUAUAUUGCGAACAAGUAUUAAAAGCAUAUAACAUUCCAAUGGAUUUGUAUACAUUAGGUUUAGUUUUGUGGAAUUUUGGAGUAGUUGGAAUGAUAUGUAUACAUUGGCAAGGUCCUUUACAAUUACAACAAGCAUAUCUUAUUUUUAUCUCUGCUCUAAUGGCGCUUGUUUUUAUUAAAUAUUUACCAGAAUGGACAGCAUGGGUUGUACUUGGUGUUAUUAGUAUUUGGGAUUUAAUUGCUGUGUUAACACCAAAAGGACCUUUAAGAAUACUUGUAGAGACUGCACAAGAGCGAAAUGAAUCUAUUUUUCCUGCAUUAAUUUAUUCUUCGACAAUUAUGUACACAGCUACAAUGACUUAUGCUGGUUAUGUACAAACAGCAACAAUGACUACUAAUGAUACUACUGCUAAUGAUAACACAACAUAUAUGAAUAAUCAAGCAAAUAAUCAAAAUAAUUCUACAUCUGGGGAUGCAGAAGAGGGCGGAUUUACACCUGAAUGGAUAGAUACACAUGGUGAUCGAGGAGCAAGACGAGCACAAGAAGUACGAGAAAACACUUUAUCUUUGACAGAAAGAUCAAGACAAGAUAAUCGUGUUGCACGUGAAUCACAAGGACAAGUCCCAAUUACCGAGGAGGAACGAGGAGUGAAAUUAGGUCUUGGUGAUUUUAUAUUUUACAGCGUUUUAGUUGGGAAAGCUUCCAGUUAUGGCGAUUGGAAUACUACAUUAGCUUGUUUCGUUGCUAUUCUUAUUGGACUUUGUUUAACAUUAUUAUUGCUGGCUAUUUUUAAAAAAGCAUUGCCAGCAUUACCGAUCUCUGUUACAUUUGGUUUAACAUUUUAUUUUGCCACGAGAGUAAUCGUUGCACCAUUUGCAGAUAAAUUAGCGAGCGAGCAAGUGUUCAUUUAACUUAGUUCGUGCCAUCAAACUACAGACUACACGUGCCACAUAUUAUGCCGAAUUUUCCUUUUUGUCUAGAGACUCUUACCUUCUCCCACCAUUGAUGAAAUCUUUGUGCACGUUCGUGAUUGCUCAUGAAUUCUUGAAACUGACGAUGCUUGGACUGCAAUGUUGUGCGCAGAGAGGCAACUUCCCUACAUAAAUUUUCUACCUAGUACCACACACACACAGAUAUCGAUGCAUUAACAAAAAAGAUAACUGAAAACAAUAUAGUUUAGACGUUUUCCAUUCUUUUUUUGUUUUUUUUUUAUUUUAUUUUAUUAUUAUUAUUAUUUUUUUUUUGAUGAAAGAUGAAUUCUAAGUAAUAACAAUGAAAAACAAAAGAUUUUACAAAUCAUCAUAUGUAUAUAUAUAGAUAUUUAAUUGAGAUGUAAAAGACAAAUAAUGUUCAAUAAAUAAAAAUAAAAAUGAAAGCAUGCUACUUUUUAUGCAUAAUAGGGACUACAUAAUAUUAGUUUAUAUGAAUUAUUGACAAAUUCAAUUGAAUAUUUAAAUUAAGAAUUAAUGGUAAAAAAAGAAGAAAACAGAAAUGAAAUGAAAUAAUCGCGAUAAUACAUUACCUUCAUAAUUCGGUUAGUUAGGUUUUUAAAUCCAACAUCAGCACUCGACAAAGUGCACGUGCGGACGUAUCCCAACAAAAUUGUUAACAAGAUACACUGGGUUUGUUAAUCGGGAGCGUUAAUUCUCUCGACCAUAUAUGUGUAACGCUUAAUAGAAUGUGUGAGAAUAGAAUACAGAUAACAGAAGUGUGCGUGCAAUAUUAUAUCGUGGAAGAUCGAAGGCCAAUUUUUGUAAGAAAAAUUUAUUAAUCAACAGUAUUCGUAUAUAUAUAUAUUAUAUAUAUAUGUAUAUAAUAACAACAAUUCUUUCUUCUUUCUCGCAUAACAAACCCAUAUAUAUAUAGACGUUUCUACAAAAAACAAGGCCAAAUAUGUACAUAACACGUUCUUCUUCUUUUUUUUACUCUGUUCACUUAACAGUCGUCUACAAGGUACUUAACGUAUAACAUUCCACAGAAUGCCAUAUUUGUCCGGCAAUAUCUUGUCAACACUGGCACUUUAAUCGUAAACGUUCAGGCAACUUAUCGCCAAUAAGCUUUUCUAUCGCUAUUAAAAAAAAUAAGCGUUAAAAUUUCUACAGGCAGCUAUCAUCUGCGUGAAAUUAGGCGCAUUUUAUAUUAACCCGUAAUAGAACCUGCAUGAAAAUGAAAAAGUAUAAUACAAAAAAAGAUAGACAUUUCCUUUAUAUAUAUAUAUAUAAAUAUAUAUAUAAAAAUGAUUCAAUUACAUAUUGGACAAAUAUUGUCCCAUUAAUAAUGUAAUUGUACAUUAGUUACAUUAUAUUACAGUCAGGAGAAAAUCCUGAUAUUAGACGCCAUUCGUUGCUUUGAAGCACCUUAAGCUUUUUUUUUUAAAUAAAUUUCUAAAUCUAUAUUAAAUUGAAAACGAAAAAUUCAUUAUCAACGAUAAUUUUAUAGCACGUUUUUAUAUUUAACUCGUGUAUUCAAUGUUCAAUGAUUCUUUUUACGUGAAGAUAUGAAUAUAAAUUAACAUGAUGUCUUUUUGCUAUGUAUCAAUUUAAGUUUUUGAGGUCACAUAUUUAACGGACAAACGUGCGAGUAGAUGAUGAUGUUGCCAGACAAGCAAAUAAGGACACCGAGAGCAAUAAGGACGAGGUAGAAUUGAUACUUGAUCGAGAUUACGUUCAAAUCUGGAGACGGCGCAUCCGAGUCACUUACUUGCGUCAUUUCGUCCCGUCGCUCUUGUUCCAGGAUGUGACGUCGCGUGCGCAACUCGCGUUGUCGAGAUUCGAGAGCUGCUAUGGCAUCUGCCCACUCUUUCCAUUGGGCACCCCAUUCACGUUCCAACUCACGCUGCGCUCCUUCCAAUGCUUCUCUUCUUGCAGCCCAUCUUUCUUCUCUUUCUUCCUGUUCUCUCUAUAUAGGUUAAUAGGAAAGACAUUAUUUUUAAUGUUUUCUUUUUUUUUAAUAUUAAUUUAAACGUAUAAUUUUUAUAGAAAAAUGAUAUGUUAUAUUUAAAAUCUUAAUAAUAAUAUGAAGUAGUCCAAGUUUCAUUAAGAUAAGAAAUAUCAUUAAUUAAUCAAUAAUUAAUCAAUACAAACCUUGAAAUCUUCUUUUUCCUUGAUAAGAGCAGCUUUUUGCUGUUCCAGUUCUUCGAGCGCUCGCAGAUCUUCGCUCGAAUUUAAAAGGUUAUCGCUAGAGGAUGAAGCAUGCAAAUCCGAGACACUCCAACUCAAGAGGGACAAUCUUGAAAGAUUGACGACUGUGGAUUGUAAGUUACCAUUACCCGUUCCACCUUCCUUUCUUAGUUUUGCCGCUUCAGCUGGAUCGUUAUAUCGGAACAUAUUGUUCCUCCCAAGAAGAAUAAUACAACCUUGUGAUAGUCGUGUCGGUUUAUCUACUUGAGCGGUGUUAAUCCAGCAAUGGAGAGAAAGGGGAUGAAGGGUCGCCACGCCACUAUCUAACUCUACCACGCAAUGUUCUGGCUCGACGUCCGCACCAGUCAAUACAAUAUCCUAUUUAUUAAUAGUACAUUAUAUUAUAAUUCAGAUAAUUUUAAUUGUUAACGAUGUUCAUGUUUAAAAAAUUUUAAUUUUUAGAAACGAUAUUUGUACUGAAUGAUUACCUGCGUGGUUGGUGCUUCUUCUGUUCCUACUAAUGUCUUGCCCUCUUUAAGAUGAUAAAGUGUAACACCAGUACUGAGGAGAUCAUCGUCAAUUCCUACUAAAUGUGGCAUUUCUGAAUCUAAGACUACACCAACGCCGCUUUUUCGAAGACCUAAUGCUUUUUGCUCUUGAAGAAUUUGUUGCGUUUCUCGCCACUUUUCUGUCCAUUCUUCUGUCAAUACUUUCUCCUGCUCUUGUUUUUCAUGAAUUUGAGCUAACAAUACUUGUGGUGGUCUUUCAACACUCUGUAAUAAACAGAUAAAAUUUUACUUUUAUAUAAAAUUCUUUAAUUAAUACAGAAGAAAGUAUAUAAGUUUUAACACUUACCAUAUCUUUACCAAUAAGGGAUUUCAAUUUUUGUAUUUCUUCUCUGAGUUCCCUGAUUAAUUUUACAUUUGGAUCUUCAUUUAUAGUUGGUUUAUUAAUGAUAUUUUUCGCUCGAUUAGCGUAUCUGAGCGUACUGAGAGUUUCGCCGUAAUUACAAUCGGCUGGACUAAUAGCAGCUAUCAUAAUUGUUUUAGAAUUACCACCAAGCGAAUCCUUUAGCAACCAUGUCAACACACUAUCUCGAUAAGGUAUGAAGACAUUACGCUUAGAGGAAGAAGACGCAUCGCCUGUAGAACUGAGUUCCGCAAGCGCCGAUAUCACAGAACCUAAAGUUACCAGUGACUUAUUGAUAUGCGCACCUUCUUUUAAUCGUUGGCCUGUCGCACCUGUAGCGUUUGCACGUUCGCUAAACAAACAAAUAUAAAAUUACAUUUGUAUUAUAUUUUCUAAUUUUCUCACAAAUGUGAACAAAAGAUUCUAUAUCAUAUAUCAAUGUUUUCUUGGAUGAUCAUAAUAAUACAUUGAAAAAAGGCCAUCUUAAUCUAUCCAUUUAAUUAUUCAUCUAUUUUCAUCUUAAUAUUUUUGAUGUAUUAUUUUUUUAAUCCUUAUUUAUUUACUAAAUUUUAAUAAUAAAAAUGAAAGAGAGAAAGAGAAAGAGACAGAGAUUAAA